AUGGGUCACGACACAAUUUGGUGCAUCGGCCGCGGUCACCGUCUUGAUGACGGUGGCCGAGCGAUCGAAUCCAUGUGGCCCCUCUUCAAACAUGACCGUUUCCAAUUCAUGUCUUCCAUGCAUAUCCCUAGGGAGCAGGUCACCAUGAAGGCUAUUGCUGGUGGUACACUCUUCCAUGUUCAUGUAUCAGUUCCAGUACUGCCGUUGCGACCAGUGGCAGGGGCCUCCUCGGUCACUGCGUUCUCGAACAACGUCGCCACCAUGUUCACUAUCCAAGGAUAUAAGACCAAAGUUGCCACCGCGGUCAGUAAUCUUUCGCGUAUGGUUUCCUUUGUAGAUCCAUCUUAUUUGUCACCUAUAGAUGGUUCUCUCCCACCGGAUGCCCAAAUUCGUGAGAUACUUCGCCGUAGGGGAGCUAUCUCAGCGAUGAAAACCGGAAUUAAAAAAGCUACUGAAGUACUCAAAGAGCAAUUCGAAGCUCUCACAUCGUUUAUAAAUACCCAGGACAAUCGGGCACUGCUGAGCGCAGACGUGGAGCAGUUCUGGAAUGAUCAGAAGGGCGACCAGAUUCAACAGCAAGCCCAGGACAUCAUCACAGCGUUAGAAACCCAGCUCAUCAUGGAUGAAUCAAUCGAAAUGUCUCUCCGUUCGAGCACUAACAGUGACAUUGUUUCUGCCAUUCAAACACUUUCCAUCACCGGCACUACACCUGGCAACGAGUUUGUUGAACAUCCUUCGCCUGAUGCGAGCAAAACCCCCCGACAUGUGCGUUUUGCGACAAUCGACCCCGAACCCACCAUGUCUCCUUAUCAGCCAAUUCAGCUUCGAAGACUCGAACUCCCAACAUUCGACGGGGACAUUACGCAAUUCCACGGAUUCUGGUGUAAAUUCAAGACAGCGGUUCAUGAAAACGACUCACUUCAAUUGUCCACUAAAUUCAUCUAUCUCACCAAUUCAUUGAAAGGCAGAGCUGCGCUGAUUAUCCAAGGAUAUGAUCCCUCUGUACCCGAAAACUAUCAUCUCGCCAUUCAAGCUCUCAAGAAGCGGUUUGACCGCCCUCACUUCACCCACAACCUUUUUCACCAAAGACUUGAAGAACUCCCCACCGCUUCACCUUCAGCUACAUCGCAGCGCGAUACCCUUUGUCAAAUCCAGUCCUAUAUCUUACAAAUCAACCGUUUCGAAGACACUACAUCUUCGCUAGUUCUCAUGAAAACAAUCCGUAAAAAGUUUCCGAAAGAGACACAGAUGGAAGUUAACAAGCUUGAGCACCGUUCAGGAAAAGUGUGGACUCUACCUGAAUUACUGGACGGCUUGAAUGAAGUAAUCGAGGAAUUGGAGAAACUUGACGACUAUUCCAAUACCAACUCCCAGCCCGAGUUUAACAUCCAUCCAGUUUCCACCCAUUCCAGAUCCCCCAGUCCUGAACCCAGGUAUAACCCUAAUCGCUGCUGCUUUUGCGACUCCUCAGCUCACUCUUCCACGCGCUGUCACCAUCGUCUGCCACCGCACACCAGACGAGCAAUUGCCAGGUCGUACCAACUAUGUUGGAAAUGCCUUCGUAAAGGACAUGUCAGUUCCAGUUGUGGAUAUCCAAAGUGCUCGACGUGCAAUGGUAGUCACCACAAGAUUCUCUGUGUCAAACAGUCGGACUAUAUCAAUUCUUAUGAUCAUAGUCGUCGCCGUAGUCGCGAACGAUAUCGCUCGACGGAAUCGAAUCGCUCCCGUAGCCCAGAAGGCUACUCAAGAAGUCCCAGCUACGACGGCAGACGUCCACCGACACCGACACCAGAACGUGUCCACUCCUUUUCAUACCGUACACCAAACGCAGAACGACCCUAUACUCCUACGUCCCAGGACACCCCAAUUCAUACCGCUGUAGAACUCGAAAAUGAGUAUGAACAGCUCAUGCAUUUCUAUCAGGGAAACGAUUACAACGAAGUCCAACUGUCAACAUCUAUGGCAGCUCCCCGCAGUUCCACCCUGCCCCGCUCCGUUACGACCAUUACAUUCGGUGCAGUUCGCACAACGGAACACUCAGGCAUAGUCGACGUUAUCCUUAUAGACCUACUCCGCAAGCCUCUUCAGCUUAGCGUUCGUACGAAAAACAAGAUAACUGUGCCAUGCCCUGCACUCCAUAUCACUCCGGAAGACAGAGAUGCCCUACAAGACCUUAGCAUCGCUCCAGAAUCCAUAACAGCGACACGCCAGGUCACGCCAGAUAUCUUGAUCGGAAUAGAUUACUUCUGGGAUAUUGUUACCACAGAUCCCCCGCAUACACUACCGUCAGGGCUCGUCCUCUGUUACACAAGGUUUGGACCCUCCAUCUCUGGCUCACAGUUUUUUCGUUGA